GAUCAGCCAAGCAUAUAAGUUUAGUAGUGUUUUCCUAUUACUAGCUAUCGGAUGUAUAAAAUUUAGCUUACAAAAAAAAAAUCUUUCUUAAUUUUUUUUUUUUGCAUUUUUAUCGAUUCGAUUUGAACUAUUCCAAAUUUCUGGCAAACAUGUGUGGAAUAGCUAUCAAUGGAUUUGGACGUAUUGGUCGCAUAUUUUUGCGCCAUGCCCUCAUGCGCAAGGACCCGAGCACAGCAGUGGUGGCAAUCAAUGAUCCUUUAAUGGAUCCCAAGUAUGUGGCUUAUUUGCUGCGUCACGAUUCGACUCACGGCGUUUAUAAUCAAAAGAUUGCCCUGGAGGGCAGCACUCUAAUUGUAAAUGGUAAGAAGAUCAAGCUGUUCAAAGAGGCCGAUCCCAAGAAGCUGAAAUGGGGUGAUCUGGGUGUUAAGACUGUGGUGGAAUGUACUGGUCGUUUCACUACCAUGAAGGCGGCUCAGGUUCAUUUGGAUUGUGGGGCCCAGAAGGUGAUUAUAUCGGCACCCUCCGCGGAUGCCCCGAUGUUUGUGUGCGGCGUUAAUUUGGAUAAAUAUACCUCCGAUAUGAAAAUCAUUUCGAAUGCUUCCUGCACUACCAAUUGUCUGGCUCCCUUGGCCAAAGUUGUGCAUGAGAAAUUCCAGAUUGUUGAGGGCUUGAUGACCACAGUUCACGCGGCUACUGCCACCCAGAAGAUUAUCGAUGGGCCGAGCAGCAAGUCCUGGCGUGAUGGACGCAGCGGUAUGUCUAAUAUUAUUCCCGCUGCCACAGGAGCUGCCAAGGCGGUGGGUAAAGUCAUUCCUGAUCUGAAUGGCAAACUCACGGGAAUGGCGUUUCGAGUGCCGGUGCCAAAUGUUUCGGUAGUUGAUCUUACCUGUCGUUUGGGCAAAGCAGCCAAAUUGGAUGACAUCAAGAAGGCAGUUAAACAAGCCUCUCAGGGUGAAUUGAAGGGAAUUCUUGGCUAUACCGAGGAGGAGGCAGUCUCCACUGACUUUAAUGGUUCGCGUUUCUCUUCUGUUUUCGAUGCCAAGGCCUGCAUUGCCCUCAAUGACAACUUUGUUAAGCUAAUCAGUUGGUACGACAAUGAGACUGGUUAUUCCUGCCGUCUCUAUGAUCUUCUGAGAUACACCGAAAUAGCAGACGAGUGUACCGAGAAGUUGCUGAAGAAGGAGUGCGAGGAGAAGGAGCAGCAAAAGAAAUGCGAGGAGGAGGCAGCUCUUAAAAAGAAGUGCGAAGAAGAGGAACAGGAAAAGAAAUGCGCAGAAAUGGCCUUGAAAAAGAAAUGCGAGGAACAAGAGCAAAAGAAAAAGUGCGAUGAGGCCGCUCUAAAGAAGAAAUGUGAUGAGGCCGCUCUAAAGAAGAAAUGUGAUGAGGCCGCUCUAAAGAAGAAAUGCGAUAAAAAGGAUCCAACAAAAAAGAAUUAAAAUAAAACUCUCGAUCUAGAAAGAAUACGAUUAGAUUACUACUGAUAUUAUAAUGCAUAUUAUUAAAUUUUAAAGAAUUAAAUUGUAAGCUAUAACUAAA